AUAAACAUGAUGCUGGCAAAUCUGUACAAGAAGGCUGGUCAGGAGCGCCCUUCUGUUACUAGCUAUAAGGAAGUACUGAGGCAGUGCCCCUUAGCCCUGGAUGCCAUUUUAGGUUUGUUAUCCCUUUCUGUAAAAGGUGCAGAGGUGGCAUCGAUGACAAUGAAUGUGAUCCAGACUGUGCCUAACUUGGACUGGCUCUCUGUGUGGAUCAAAGCAUAUGCUUUUGUGCACACUGGUGACAACUCAAGAGCAAUCAAUACCAUCUGUUCACUAGAGAAAAAGUCUUUAUUGCGGGAUAAUGUGGACCUACUGGGAAGCUUAGCAGAUCUGUACUUCAGAGCUGGAGACAAUAAAAACUCUGUCCUGAAGUUCGAACAGGCACAGAUGUUGGAUCCUUAUCUGAUAAAAGGAAUGGAUGUGUAUGGCUACCUACUGGCAAGGGAAGGGCGGCUAGAGGAUGUGGAGAACCUAGGUUGUCGUCUUUUCAAUAUUUCUGAUCAGCAUGCAGAACCCUGGGUGGUCUCUGGGUGCCAUAGCUUCUAUAGCAAACGCUACUCCCGGGCCCUCUACUUAGGAGCCAAGGCCAUUCAGCUGAACAGCAAUAGUGUUCAAGCUUUACUACUUAAAGGAGCAGCACUCAGGAACAUGGGCAGAGUCCAAGAAGCAAUAAUCCACUUUCGGGAGGCUAUCCGGCUCUCACCUUGUCGCUUAGACUGUUACGAAGGUCUCAUCGAAUGUUACUUAGCCUCUAACAGUAUUCGAGAAGCAAUGGUAAUGGCUAACAACGUUUACAAAACACUAGGUGCAAACGCACAGACUCUUACCCUUUUAGCCACCGUUUGUCUGGAAGACCCAGUGACACAGGAGAAAGCCAAAACUUUGUUAGAUAAAGCGCUGACCCAAAGACCGGAUUACAUUAAGGCUGUGGUUAAGAAAGCAGAACUUCUUAGCAGAGAGCAGAAAUAUGAAGAUGGAAUUGCUUUGCUGAGGAGCGCGCUGGCAAAUCAGAGCGACUGUGUCCUGCAUCGGAUCCUGGGAGACUUCCUCGUAGCUGUCAAUGAGUAUCAGGAAGCAAUGGACCAGUAUAGUAUAGCACUAAGUUUGGACCCCAAUGACCAGAAGUCUCUAGAGGGGAUGCAGAAGAUGGAGAAGGAGGAGAGUCCCACGGAUGCCACUCAGGAGGAGGAUGUGGACGACAUGGAAGGGAGUGGGGAAGAAGGGGACCUGGAGGGCAGCGACAGUGAGGCAGCCCAGUGGGCUGACCAGGAGCAGUGGUUCGGCAUGCAGUGAGGGCACCGGCCGCCUGCUCUGAGUGCUGCCCUGGACUGACUGCUGCUCGGGAGGACAGUGACUCCACAUGUGUGCGUCAGGGCUCCCUUGCCCUCCCUCCCAAGCUCUAGCUGGACUUCACUGUAACCCUGAGCCUGUCCCACUGCCCCACCAGGGAGGACCGCAGACACUCCUAGCCACAGACAGUGGCUCCCGGGCAGAGUGUGUUUGAUGUCACUAACUGCUAAAUCUGAAAGCUGGAAGAGCAGUGUGCUCUGUGACGUGGGUGGGUGUGAAGGGGUGACUCCCCCCUUCCCAGAGUGAGAAUGUCACCUCCCAAGGACGCGGCACAGUGUGGCUCUGUCAAGGGCGUCCUGUUCCCAGAAGCCAUCACUGUGGGCCAGCCGCAUUUCCUCUGCAGUGGCAGUGAUGCCUUAACCCUAUCACCGUGUUGCACUACUGUUUUCCUGUUGGCUGAGCUGGUGCCUGGCCUAACCUGGGCCAAUCUGAGAAGCAGAUGUGAUGAUCCCGGCUGAGGUGUACCGGGGCAGUUAACUAAUAAACUUUGUUCAGCAUGGAUUUGGGUGGGCACAGUGAACCCUUUUAUGGA